AUGCAUUCAUCAGACGAAGGGGCGCCCAAGCGCACGGCGCGCGCCUGCGAUUCCUGCUAUAGACGCAAGAUCAAAUGCGAUGCCGCCGUGCCGCAGUGCAACUGGUGUAGCCACCAUAACCUGCCAUGUACUUUUGAUCGAGUCGUCCAGCGAAAGCGGAAGACGGAAAAUGAUGGAACUCGGCCUAAAGCAUCGCGGUUGUCGGAGCGUAUUAGUCGCAUUGAACAGCUUCUAGCUGAGAACUUGAUACGAGAUACAAGUCCUACCCCACCGGAUCUAUCAGAGACCAUCUAUGACUACUCAACAUGUAGUAGCUCGCCUAGCACUGUUAUCAGCAACCCUCCUCAGUUAUCAAAUUCAGUGGGAGUGCAUUUUGCUGGCCGAGAACUGGGUGUGAUCAGUCUCCUAACAGGCGUACCAUUCCUCCUACCCGAAGGGCAAGCCUGGAUCCAGUCUCGCACCGGUCAGACCAUCUCACACGACAAGCUCAGUCCCCUGCAUGCACCGUGGGAGAAAGAGCGCGCCCAGGCCAACCAAAAAUUAAUGAUGAGCCUGACAAGUCAGAAUUUGUUCGAGCCUCCCGACUGGCAUGUCGUAAGGCUCUACUUUGAGGCCUACAAGAGCUCUACUGUAAUGCGACGGAUUUUCCCAGUCAUUGACUGCGAUCUAUUCGAAGAGACCAUCCAUGCAGCUUAUCAACAACCGAGCACAGGAUACCGACAGACCAGCAGUCGAGCUUGUGUUACUGCCUUUCUCGCAUUUAUCUGCCGCCUGCCUCCCAUUAAGGUGCUUGCCCAGGAGACUCCAGUUGAUCACGAAUCACUAGCUGGCAAGUGCCAAUUCAUGAUAUCCCAAGUCCUGCAAGAACCUGCAACUAUGGACUCGUUACAGGCCGUCACUAUGCUGACGCUAUAUGAGCUCGCUUCGGGAAAUAUGCGAGUGACAAAUUAUUUGGGAGCAGUCGCUGCACGACAAAUUUUCAUGCUAGGUGCAAAUCUGAACCAUAACCGGACAGCUCCGGUCAGUGAACGCAGCCUAAAACGCCAGAAGCAUCUUCGCAAUCUUUUCUGGAUCUGCUACACCUUGGAUAAGGACGUUUCCCUUCGCACCGGUCAACCACCCGUCAUCGCCGAUGAGGAUUGCGACUUGACCAUGCCUGAAGGAUAUAUUGAUAGGGCAUUCAAUGACCCCGAUAAAGAUGAUAAUCAACUCUUGGAGCCGGUCUUCCCUUUUGAUUUGCGACUGAGCAUGAUCAAGUCUCGGACUCAAAGCCACUUGUACUCAGUGAGCGCGAUGCAAAAGUCCGACGCGGAUUUGCUGAAGUCCAUUCGGGAACUGGAUGACGAGUUGGAGGAGUGGCGGUUAUCGAUUCCUCCGCAGUGGCGCCCGACCAUGUCGUUCUCGCAAGAGACCUCCGACCCGAAUAUGAGCAUGCAUUCUGUCAUGUUGCGAGUCAAUUACUAUCUGUGCAUGAGCGUCAUUCACCAGGCGAGCAGUCGGUGCAAGGCGUGGAUGCAGGGUACCGGGAUGAUGGACGGAGUGAGCUCGAGUCUCGCUCUCUCGGUGGAAGCCAGCCGGUCAACACUCUGUUACCUGGGAGCCGCGAAGGAGGUGCUGGUGGAGGGAGUCUUCUGGACGCUGGUGUUCUACCCCAUGUCCGCCCUCCUCACCAUUUUCUGCAGUAUUCUCCAGAAUCCACUGGAUCCACGCUCGCGUGAUGAUUUGGACCACUUGAAAAUGGCCACUGUGAUGAUAGCUCACGUCUUUUCCAGAAAUUUGCCCGAUAAUGAGGUCGAACACUUGAAGAUGGUCGCUGACUUUGUCACUGAGCUUAAACGGCUGGCCGAGUGUGCCAUUGACAAGGCAUGGCGAGAACAGAGUGCGAGCUCGCAUUUGGGUUAA